UCUGUUUGCUAGCUGCUCCAUGGUAUUUAACAAUUUCAGUCGCUAAACGACAACCAAAAGAUCAUCAUGGCUAUAUUGUUUAGCUCAGUGCUAUUGAUUCUAUCUGUGAGUCUAGUGAUUUCGGCACCCCCAAAUUCACUUACAGGGCUAGUGCCGUCUAUAAACGACAAUGGCGUUCUGUUAGUUCCAUCCGAUAAUAGUUAUUACCUGAGGAUCGAUGUAGAUGGGACUGGCAGGGAGGAGACCGUUGAGCAAAUUGCUCCAGAGCAGCUUCAAGUUAAGGGUAGCUAUGGACAACCGUUCCCAGGAUCAAAGUACCUUCUGGUUACCUAUGAGGCCGGACCCAACGGCUAUGUGGCUAAGUAUAGCCUAUCUGAAAUCCAUAACCAGGUUCAACAGCUUCCACCCGCUGCCUUAAAAACUGCAGCUGGAUAAAAAAGUAUAAAAACUUUUAAAUAAAACUGUGAAAUCAAAGAAUACAAAGUGAAAUUAUUAAAUGCAAGAGACGUUGUGCCACAUUCAAU